AUGGGGUCUCUGCCAGAUCUGUACGAGGCGGGCAUUGAGGAAGUCCAGGUCGGUUUGAAGAAGAAGCGCUUCACGAGUGUUGAUCUAGUCAAGGCAUAUCUCGCACGUAUAGAGGAAGUCAACUUGAAGGGCCCUGGGUUGCGUGCGGUUCUGGAGACGAAUCCGAACGCGCUCAAGCAAGCUGCCGAACUCGACAAGGAGAGGGAGGUCUCCGGGCCCCGCGGUCCCCUCCACGGCAUCCCGAUUCUGCUCAAAGACAACAUCGCCACGCUGCACAGCGAAGGCAUGAACACCACAGCAGGGUCCUACGCCCUGCUCGACUCCGUCGUCGACGGCGAGUCCUUCGUCGCCGCGCGGCUGCGCGCCGCGGGCGCGAUCCUCCUCGGGAAAUGCACGCUCUCAGAGUGGGCGAACUGGCGGGGCACCGUCCCGUCUGGGUUCUGCGGGCGCGGCGGUCAGGGCACGAACCCGUACGUCCCGCUGGGUAACCCGUCGGGCUCGAGCUCGGGCAGCGGGAUCGCAGGCGCGAUAGGCCUCGCGACGGGCACGCUCGGCUCUGAGACGGACGGCUCGAUCAUCAGCCCGAGCAGCCACUGCAACCUCGUCGGCCUCAAGCCGACGGUGGGGCUGACGUCGCGCGCGGGAGUGGUCCCGAUCUCAGAGCACCAGGACAGCAUUGGACCGAUGUGCCGCAGCGUCGCGGACUGCGCGGCCAUCCUGUCCGUCAUUGCGGGGCGCGACCCGCACGAUAACUACUCGCUGAAUCAGCCCGAGACGGUGCCGGACUACACCCAGGCCCUGAAGAAGGAUGGGCUGAGAAGCGUGCGGCUCGGCGUGCCGCGCAAGGUGUUCGAGGGCGUCGACGCGAACGUCAUGAUCGCGUUCAACAGGGCACUGGAAGACAUGAAGGCCCUCGGCGCGACGAUCGUCGACCCGGCGGACUUCGUGGACGAGUGGGACCACGACGAGGUGUGGAAGCGCGAGGAGAUCGUGCUCUGUGGUGACUUCAAGGUGAACAUCCACAGCUACCUGUCAAAGCUCGUGGAGGUUCCGACGGGCGUGCGGACCGUCGCGGAUCUGAUCAAGUUCAACGAGGAGAACAGGGAGAAGGAGCUGGUCGAGCCGUUCUGGACGGACCAGGCGACAUUCAUCAAGUCCAGAGACACACACCAAGAUCCGACGUUCUGGGACGCGCUGGCUUACGACUAUCGAAUGGGUCGGCAAGACGGCGUCGAUGGCUUGCUGAAGAAGUACGAGGUGGAUGCGAUCCUCAUGCCCACGGCAAAGGCGUCGCGGCCUGCCGCGGUUGCAGGAUACCCCGUCCUAACUGUGCCCCUCGGCUUCCAGCCGCCUGACGUUGCGCUCGCAGAGGCGAACCCGACGCGCAUGAAUGGCCCGAGCAUGCCCUUCGGGAUCUCGUUCCUCGGCACCGCCUACAGCGAAUUUCAGCUCAUCCAGUAUGCGUAUGCGUACGAGCAGGCGACGAAGCAUCGGCUGGAGAAGAAAGCGUACCCGGAGGCGAUCCCAAAGACGCAGCUGGCAGAUGUCAUAAGCAAGUAG